AUGUAUCGUUGGCAGAUAUUAGCGCUACUGCUGUUGUCUAUAGGCGGUGUCAUUAGUAUGACACUGGGCCGUGUGUUUCAGGUGUUUUCUGUACCCUUGGAAACGGUGGACGUCGGUGGUUACUGUGAUCGAUUAGAGAGCCAACUGGAGGUGUCCGAUUCGUCGAUCAUUUUGCUACAAAUUGGACGACCGAGUAAGGCAUACGAGGUGAUAUCGGGGAACAGGAAUGUAACGAAGGCUACUAGCUGUGAGUUCCUGGACGAUGGUGACGAUACCGGGGAAGAUUCCAAAGCAACGGAUCUUAUUGUGAAACAAAUUCACGACAGUGUUGUCGCCGUAAAAAGACAUCGCAUCGUAGAGUACAUAACCCUGCUCACAGCGGACGGCGAAUAUCUGUUGACCCUUGAACGUACCGGUGACUUCGAAGAACCGAUUGUUUUCGAACCAAAGUUCGGUGGCGUUAGUGCGAAGGAGAAGCUUCUCCUUUCGCUCGUCGGUGGUGGCAGCGGUGGCCGCAUUAAGAGUUUGGAACGAGUAAAAAAAUCCUAG